AUGACAGCCUCCGUGCUCCUCCACCCCCGCUGGAUCGAGCCCGUCAUGUUCCUCUACGACAACAGCCUGGAUGAGAUCAAUAAGAACAUGGACGGGUUUCACGCCGGCAGCAACUUCGCGGCGGCGGCGGCGGCCAACCCCUGCCGCAACCUGAUGGCUCACCCCGCGCCCCUGGCCGCCCCCAGCGCCGCCGCCUACACCUCCAGCGAGGCCCCCGCCGCCGGCAUGGCCGAGCCCGCUGUCAAGCAGUGCAGCCCCUGCUCGGCCGCCGUGCAGAGCUCCUCCGGCGCCGCGCUGCCCUACGGCUACUUCGGCAGCGGCUACUACCCCUGCCGCAUGACCCACCACAACGCCAUCAAGUCCUGCGCCCAGCCCGCCUCCACCUUCGCCGACAAGUACAUGGACACCUCCGUCUCCGGCGAGGAGUUCACGUCGCGGGCCAAGGAGUUCGCCUUCUACCAGGGCUACGCCGCCGGGCCCUACCAGCCGGUGCCCGGCUAUCUGGAUAUGCCCGUGGUGCCCGCCAUCGGCGGCCCCGGCGAGCCGCGUCACGACCCCCUGCUCCCCAUGGACAGCUACCAGCCCUGGGCCAUCACCAAUGGGUGGAACGGGCAAGUGUACUGCCCCAAGGAGCAGAGCCAGCCGCCUCACCUCUGGAAAUCCACCCUCCCGGACGUCGUUUCGCAUCCCUCCGACGCGAACUCCUACAGACGUGGGAGAAAGAAACGAGUGCCUUACACAAAGGUCCAGUUAAAAGAACUCGAAAGGGAAUAUGCUACAAAUAAAUUCAUAACCAAAGACAAACGGAGGAGGAUAUCGGCGACUACAAAUCUGUCAGAGAGACAGGUCACAAUCUGGUUCCAAAACAGAAGGGUCAAAGAGAAAAAAGUGAUCAACAAAUUGAAGACUACCAGUUAA